GCGCCCCGCGAGGCGCCCAGCAGCAGCCGGCUCCCGCCGUCCAGCCAGCCGGCCGUCUGUCCGUCCGAGCCCCGGGAGCAGCCUGCCCGCCGGCCAUGGAGCACCAGCUGCUGUGCUGCGAGGUGGAGACCAUUCGCCGGGCGUACCUCGAUGCCAACCUCCUCAAUGACCGGGCGCUGCAGACCAUGCUCAAAGCCGAGGAGACGUGCUCGCCGUCCGUGUCGUACUUCAAGUGCGUGCAGAAGGACAUCCUCCCCUACAUGCGCAAGAUCGUGGCCACCUGGAUGCUCGAGGUGUGCGAGGAGCAGAAAUGCGAAGAGGAAGUUUUCCCCCUGGCUAUGAACUAUCUGGACCGGUUCCUGUCCCUGGAGCCGCUGAAGAAGAGCCGGCUGCAGCUGCUGGGGGCCACCUGCAUGUUCGUGGCGUCCAAGAUGAAGGAGACCAUCCCCCUGACGGCCGAGAAGCUGUGCAUCUACACCGACCACUCGGUGCGGCCCGAGGAGCUGCUGCACAUGGAGCUGCUCCUGGUGAACAAGCUCAAGUGGCACUUGGCUGCCAUGACUCCCCACGACUUCAUCGAACACUUUCUGUCCAAGAUGCCGGUGCUGGAGGAGAACAAGCAGAUCAUCCGCAAGCACGCGCAGACCUUCGUGGCCCUCUGUGCUACAGACGUGAAAUUCAUUUCCAACCCUCCCUCCAUGAUCGCGGCGGGGAGCGUGGUGGCCGCCGUCCAGGGCCUGCACCUGGGAAGCACCAACUCCUUCCUCACCUAUCAGCGUCUCACCAGAUUCCUGUCUCAAGUCAUUAAGUGCGACCCGGAUUGCUUACGAGCCUGCCAGGAGCAGAUCGAAGCCCUCCUGGAGUCCAGCCUGCGCCAGGCCCAGCAGCACAGCUCAUCCUCGGUACCCAAGAACAUGGAGGAAGAGGGGGACCUGUCCUACACGCCCACCGACGUCCGGGACGUGAACAUUUGAGGGGCCGCCGCCUGCUGGGGGGUCCGCCGAGUCCGGAGGCAUCUGGGGAAGGAGGCCGCCGCGUCAGAAGCCCCCGCCCCGCCCCGGCCCCCACCAUUAACACCCUUCUCCUGGACACUUGUAGACAGAAACGGCCCCUCCGUUCUCUCUGUUCCUCUGCUUUCUGUCGCGCUCUCUCCCCCUCCAUCCAUGACUUACAGGAACCAGCCCAAAAACUGUCUUGGAAGCAAAGGAGUCGCCUGGCCCCGGGGGAAGGGGCUUCGCGCCACAAAUAGAUGCUUUUAUACUCUAAUAAUCAACUAGUUUUUAUAUUAACGUGUUUAUGACUAUGUUGUAAAGCUAGGCGUUAACCUGAGAGGAAGGUCUCCAGGGGAGGUCCCAGAUCUGAUUCCUUACACGGUGAACCCCCCAAAAGAAGCCCCCAAAUGCAGAAACCACAACAUGGAGCAGAACAAGUGAAACCGGCUCGUCGGAGGUAGCAGAGGGUUAGUGCUUUUUUCUGGUAGCUGUAGAGCUCGGGGCGCCGGCAUCCCUGGCCCCGCCAGCUAACGCAUGUAGUCACUUUACGGUCAGAGCCCCUCGGUUCUCCUCGUCGGCUCGCGAGCGGGUCAGCGCCAGCGCUUCAUUUCAGGCUCAUCUUGUUUGUGUCUCAGGAUCUCCUGGGCGGAGGAAGGCUUCAUUCCCGAGUUGUCUCACACACACACACACACACACACACACACACACACACACACCCUCAUCCAGGACUUGUAUUUUAGAAAAGACAAAGUAGUGACAUAAUAUAUUCUAUUUUUGUAAUCUUCUAUUUUUUUAGCGCACGCUGACGGUGUGUGGAAGGCCCGGGACUCGGCGGGUCCCUCCGUCACCCACCCUUUCUCCACCGGCGCCUCCUCCUCGGGCCGUCGGGCGGAAUCUGCGGCGUGCUCCGAAACCAUUCCAUUCCAAAGCACUUUCAGUCCGGGAGAGAGAGGAAGCCACGUGGCCGGGUUUGGGGGGAGGGGGCGCGGAGGGGGUGGGACUUUCUAAAUGGAAUGGUUUGGAAGUGGGCGAGUGCUCAAAGGUGGACUGCCAAGUGAGUGCACUGGCUAGACUGGGAUGGUUUGAGAAGGUCGAGUUUCAGGUGAGAGAGAGAGAGAGAGAGAGAAAGAAAGAAAGAAGGAGAAAGAAAGAGAGAGAAAGAGAAAGAGAGGAAGAGAGAGAGAGAGAAAAUAGGUUUGCAAAGCGCCAGGAUGGACUCCUGCCCUUCCCCAUCUUUAACGCCAACUGAUGUUUGUAAAUUAGGAGCCUUAAAGGUUCGCCUUAGACCGCGUAGUUUUAAGGAUAAUCUCUACCUGUUUUACAACAGAAGGUUUUUAAAGGCUAAAGUAUAUAAUUUAUAGUUAAGGCUAUCAAGCAUAUUUAUUGCCGAGAAAAUUCAGAAGGCCAGUAUAAUUUGUAAAAUAAUGCAAUCUCCCCCUUGGUUUGAACACACACACACACACACACACACACACACACACACACACACACACAUCCCCACAAUACCUUGUGCUUACCUGUGACGUAGCAGUUUUAACACAGCUUGUCAAAGACCGGUCCUUUCAAGAAUCAAGUGAUCAGGGAGAUGCAGCAGUUGGAAGGGGGGAGGGUCUUCUCCUUUCCCCAAGCGCUCUGUCUGGCGGGGGAGAAAGACACGCUGGAGCUGGGGAGCUCACCGGGAGUCUGGGGGGGUCCGGCGUCCGCGUCUUUCUUCUCUUGUGUAGUGACCGAAAAUUUGCACAUCUGGGCGACGCAUGUUGUUAUUAUUUAGGGAGUAAGUAGGUGAAGGGAGGGGAUGGAUGGAGGGAGGGGCGGAAGGAGACGAAGCUGACCUUGGAGAAGGACGAGGACGUGGUGGGGAAGCGGACGGAGGGAUGGAAGGAUGGAUGGAUGCAUGGGGGGGAGCUGCCAUGCGCUAAAGGGGGUGAUUGUAAAAGUAAUGGUAGGAGUGGGGGAUACUCCGUUUUUAUUGAGCUGCUAUGGAUGAAUUCCCAGCAUGGUUUGGAAAAGGAAAAAAAAAAAGACAGCCAGCAUUGCCUCUCUGUAUCUUUGUCAUGUUGUUUUGCUGCUAUAUAUUGUGGAUCAUUUUUUUUUACACAAUGUCAUUAACUGCCAUGUCAUAAGUUUUUAAUUUUCUCAUAGAAAAUUAUAUUAUUGACAAUUUUUUUUGUAGAUUUUUUUUUUAUGUGAUCAAUUUUUUUUUUUUUUUUUUACUUAAUGUGAUUACUGCUCUAUCCCAAAAAAGGUUCCUCUUUCACAAUACCUCAUGCUUUCAGUUAACCGUGUUAGAACCAGGGGUUUUCAGGUCCUGGACUCCUAGCCUCCCUUCCUUCUACAAACAGAAAGGCCUGCAAACCCACCCAGCCAACCAAUCGGUCAACAAGCCGACCAAUCGGCCAAUCAGCCAAUCAAUCGGCCAACCACCCAACCAAUCGGCCAACCACCCAACUAACCGGCCGACCAACCAAUCAACCAACCACCCAACUAACCGGCCGACCAACCAAUCAACCAACCACCCAACUAACCGGCCGACCGACCAACCAAUCGGCCAACCUAUCAUGGCGUGCGCUCUCUCCUGAACGGGGGCUGGGGCAAGCAGGGUUGUGAGAAUUGAGUCAAGAAACAGCCCCGGAGAGCGAGUCCUUCUCUUUCGCGCGUGGAGAAUGCUGGAUUCUUCGUCUGACCUGGGGUUCAUUAUCAUAGUAGUCGUAAGCUCUGUUAUUAGCCACAUCGUUCUAUGGAAGGUGCAUUAAUUCUUAGGACUGUCUGUCGGGGGGCGCGCCCUUGACGUAGGAUGUCUUCUGAAACGCUACGUAUUUGGUGUGUUUAAUCUGUUUAUUAUAUACUAGGUUUUUGUUGUUGUUAAUUAUAGCAUAAUGCUAAUUUAAGAGAAGCCUGUAGGUUUUACCAUUAAGCCAGCUAACAGAGUUGUAUGCUGAAGAAUAAUCUAGCUGUUUGUCUGUAUGCUGCUAAAACCAAAAUGAAAUUAGAAUUCAUUUAUUUUUUAUUUUGAGGAGAAACGCAGUGAAGCUCCCUCGUGGCGCCUGGAGGGCUGGGGCCGCAUCCAUCCAUCCUGGCCACGUUUGGGGAACACUCACGCUCUGUGUCGCGGGUGGGGAGGGAGGGAGGGACGCGGGGUCUGGGGGCUCGGUGCUAAGCUCAGUGGUGGUGCAUCCGGUAAGUUUCUUUCAAUAUUGUACGUACUAAGAGGCCAAAGGCUGAUGGCGGGUUCAUGUGUCCACCGAGGCGCUCUAAUGGCCCGUUAUUUACAGAGUUAGAACAAUCUUCUAGGGAGCAGGCGAGUCAGACGUGUACGUCGUUAUAUUGUACUUAUUGGCAUCCCUGGUCUGAAAUGCACAUUUUCACCAACAGACCUGUAACAGACAAGUUUCCAGCAAAAAAGGAAAAAAAGGAAAAAAAAGUUAAAAAAAAAUUUAAAUUCUAGAAAUAAACCUUGUAAAACCCA